AUGAAAUAUCUGCUGGUCUUUUGUCUUCUCCUCGCCGUCGCCACGGCUCUGCUCUACAAAAAAGCCGCAUUGAACACCGGAAUAGUGCCCGGAGGAGUGGACACCGUGUCGCUCCCGAAUGGUGACCGUAUCCACUGCUCAACGAAUUCGGAUUGCCCGAAACCAUCUAUCUGUGUCUCCGCCGCCGGUGGCAGCCUCUGUUCCACCAUCACCGGUGUUGUUGGAGAAGGGCUGAAGGACGAGGAGUGCGAAAAUGAA